CAGCAAUAUACAGUUGUUUUGCUUGUCAUUGGUAUCAUGCUGCUGAUUUAAUAUUUUUGUAAUUUACACGCAGAGUUUCGUGAAAAUUGGAACUACAAAGAUACUAUCACAAUGAAAGUAAUCGUAAAAAAGUUACAAGGGGGUGAAUGUUGCUUGGAAGUUCUUCCAACCACACACAUAUCUGAAAUUAAACGAAAAGUCGCAGAACAACUAAAAAUUCCAGUAGAGGAACAGAAAUUGCUGCUGCUAGGCAGGACAUUAGUGGAUGAACAGACAGUUGAUGCAUACCCUACAAUAAAGGAUGGAACUAAAUUAAACUUAGUUGUUAAAAAGCCUGAUACACUUCAGGAAGCUUCUAUAAAGUACUUCAAGAAAAUGUAUGGCAUGACAGACCUGGAAGCUAUUGCUGCUGCAAACCGCCUUUUAAAGCUGGUGCAAGAAAAAUUCAGUAAAUUGUCUUGGGAUGAUCUUGAUAGGCUAUCAUUAGACUGUAUGCUGGAGGAAAAUGGUCAAAGCCGAAGCCCUCCUAUGGAGAUAGAGCCCGAGUGUGACGAUGUAUACAGUUUAUAAUUCUGGACAC